UUCCCCGCUGACUGGAAUCUGUGGGCUAAAUCAUGGGACGGCGGUCCGAGCAGUGAGCCAGCCAGGCUGAGGACAGGGACAAAGCUUGAGUCACUUCCAGCCGCGUUAUCACCACCUUCACCACUGUCAGCUCACCAGCAACAGCGUGCACGUUUGUCGGGUCGGUGAGCGGCGACGUCGGGCUGACUUGGGAUCAGCCCAUGCAGGAGGAUGGAGAUAGAGAAGAGGACGAAUGGGUUCGACUACCCGGAGAGAAACAACGCCAAGUCCGUUAACGGCUUUUACAGUGACCAUCCACUGGAGUCCGAACAGACUGACAGCAUGGAUGCAGUCAAUGAAAGUAAUCUAGAUGAUCCAGCUGACCAGCGUACUUGCCUUAUCUGUGGAGAUCGUGCCACAGGCCUACACUAUGGAAUCAUCUCCUGUGAGGGCUGCAAGGGCUUCUUCAAGCGCAGCAUCUGUAACAAGCGUGUGUACCGCUGCAGUCGCGACAAGAACUGCGAGAUGUCGCGCAAGCAGCGCAACCGCUGCCAAUACUGCCGCCUGCUCAAGUGUCUGCAAAUGGGGAUGAACCGCAAAGCAAUCAGGGAGGAUGGCAUGCCAGGAGGGAGGAACAAAAGCAUCGGGCCCGUACAGAUCACAGAGGAGGAGAUAGAGCGGAUCAUGUCGGGGCAGGAGUUCAAGGAGGAAGCCCCGGAGCACACUUGGGGCAACAACGGUGAUAGCGACCACAGCUCUCCAAGCAACGGAGCCUCUGAGGGCAACCAGCCGUCACCUGCCUCCACUCUGUCAUCCAAUCGCUCUGUGGAAAUGAAUGGCUACACGGCAGCUCUCAGGGACCAGUACAUCAACACCUCUAUGUCAACACACUACCAGCUCCUGCCUCACCUGUUCAGCUACGCCGCCCAGUCUGGCCUGCUGGCCCCCCAGCCCCGCAGCCUCUACCCGCAGUCCCACCCACUGGUGCUGCAGCUGGUGGCUGCUGAGGACCUGGCCCCCCUGGCAACUCCUAUGCUCAUAGAAGAUGGGUACAAAGUGACGCAGGUGGAGCUGUUUGCCCUGCUGUGUCGCCUGGCAGAUGAGCUGCUCUUCCGUCAGAUCUCCUGGAUCAAGAAGCUACCAUUCUUCUGUGAGCUCUCCAUUGAAGACUACACCUGCCUGCUCAGCUCUACCUGGCAGGAGCUCAUCCUGCUCUCCUGCCUCACCAUCUACAGCGCCCAGAUCUUCGGAGACCUGGCUGAUGUCACCGCCAAGUACACACCGUCUGAUGAUGAGCUGCACGGCUUCAGCGAGGAUGGCAUGGAAGUGAUGGAGAGGUUGAUAUAUCUGUUUCGCAAAUUCCACCAGUUGAAGAUCAGUAAUGAGGAGUAUGCCUGUAUGAAAGCCAUCAACUUCCUCAACCAAGAUAUCAGAGGACUGUCCAACAUUUCUCAGCUCGAGCAGCUCAACAAGCGCUACUGGUAUGUGUGUCAGGACUACACUGAAUAUAAGUACCCGCACCAGCCCAAACGCUUCCCUGAGAUCAUGAUGUGUCUCCCGGAGAUCCGCUGCAUCGCAGGGAAGCUGGUGAAUGUCCCUUUGGAGCAGCUCCCCCUCUUGUUCAAAGCAGUCUUGCACUCCUGCAAAUCCAGCCUGACCAGCUACAGGACCGGCCCGUCGCCCUGUGUGACCACCUCCUCCGGAAACUAGACGCCCCUGACCCCCCAAGUCAAGGGCCGGGUCUCUCGUCUUGUGAAUGUGACAAGCAGCUAGUUUGUUUUUUGUAACUUUUUUCUUUAUAUAUUUAUUACACGACAGAGCUGAAUGUAUGCUGAUUUACACUGUGCACAUGCUUCUGUACAAAACAAAUGCUCGUAGAUGCAUUGGUCUUUGCAGUUUACAAGUGUGUAACCAGUUUGCUCAAUGUGUCAGUGUUGCUAUCGUUAGAGCUAGACUUUAAAAGAGUUUAUUUUAUUCAGAUGGGGCGGAUAGACACAUGUGACAAGUGUUUUGAGACUACCUCAGGAAAAUGUUGUUGCUGUUUUCAGGUACCUUUUCUUUCUGUUAAAUGAAGAGUUGCCCAGUCUAAAUCCAAAUCCCUGUGGAUGCUUUGGCACCUCAAUCAGAGACUAAAUGUUCAGAGGAGCUGCAUAAAUCAAAGAUUGAAUAACAGUGUUUUGUUACACUGAGAAUGCAAAAGUAAUUAACAAAAUUGAGCUACUUUAUCUGCAUGGACUCUCAGACAUCCUGCUUAUGGGAGGCGGUCUUGUCAAUUUAACAUUCCAUAGGUUAAAGUGACAGUUGUUGGAUCUGUGGGAUCUUCGUUGAAAAAGAAGCAUACGGGUAUUUUUUACAAUCAUAGACUAGGGAUAUAAGGCUUUAUUGCAGGGGAAGGGGUGGAUAGCUAGGUUUGCUGUUUUUAGUUUUAUUGUUUUUCUUUUUUGACCAAAGUGUUAUGCAAUGCUUUUUUCAAACACCCAUUGAUGGGUAGGGAGCUGAUAGUUCCACAAAAAAGGUUUCUUAUCAAUGAAGGAUCAGGAUAAGAAAUGAAUCAAUCUGUGUUAGAGAGGAGAACUCUCUGCUGGACGGACCAGUAUGUUGCCGGAUUUUACUCUAAAUGCUGCUAAACAUGCACUCAUUUUUGUGCACACAUACAGUAUAUGCAUAGAGCAGAUGUGAUUGCCAGUCUUUGUUUUCCCUCUGCUUCUUGUCAGAUGGCUCUGCUGCCUUCAGUGCCAGGAACUUGAUGCAUUGUAGCCCGCUCUCAACACACAAUCACUUCAGUUUCACGUCCACCAUACUGUCUACAUUUCUUCAAUUUAUUCAGAACAAACCAAAAACCACAAAGAUGACACUUGGAGUUCUGAACGGCAAGUUGUCCUCAUUGGUCAAAAGAAUGUUUACCUGACCUACUAGAGCCAAACUGACAAUAACUGCAUCCAAGUCUGAACAGGAGCCGACAUUAAGUGCUAAACACUCAUACCCAUUUCCACCAAUUAAUCUCUGGUUCUUGAACUGGUUCCAUUCAGGGUUCCUGGAACCUUGGUGCUUUGUAGUGAACCAGCCUGUGUUUUCACCUGUUUUGAUCAGAACUAUUGUAAUCAAGGGUGCAUUAUCAAGAUAUGGCAUUGCACAAUGCACAACAGUAGUAAACAGUAGUAGAGAGUAGUGGAUUGGUAGUAGCGAGAUGGCAGAUUGCAUUGAUUACCUGCAACCUCUUGUUCUCUUGUGACAGAUACUUGUUUUUAAUCAAAAAACAAGCAUGGGGUGUUAGUAAUGAACACAGUAAUCCACAUUUUUUCCCAAUGAUUUCUCACUUGUCUCUAUUGUUGCCCUCUCCAUCCUCUUUGUCCAACCUGUAGAAUAUGACACGCUCACUGAUGUCGUCACAGUUCGCACUAUAGCUUAAGAAAAACCUGCUAUUUAUUGGUUCCAGCUGGGAAUCAAUUUUUCAGGUUCUGAACCAAUUUAUUUUUGAUCAAAAUGCUCCUACUUGUUCAGAAUUAGGUGCAGGAACUGGAACAGAUCUGUACCAUGUUGGUGCAAAAGAUGUAUCAGUGUUUGCUGAUACAUCUUUUGCACCAACAUGGUACAGAUGUAUCAGUGUUAGCUGCCUCCAGUUCAUUUAAAGCUGGUGUAGAGUGCUAGUUUCUGUUAAGGCUCAUUUAUACUCCCUUUAUGUACGAAAAUAGAUUAGUCCGUUUUGAACGUUGUAGACGCCACUGCUUUCAUACUUCCUUCCAUCUUUUAUGAUGGCAUAGACACAGUCAAUGGAUGGUACUAGAGGGCGGAGUCACAAGUUUCACACAACAAACAACAAUGCGACGAUGGAGGAGGUCGUAAUAUUGUACCUAUAAACAGAGGCAGACUUGUAGACGGUGAUGGUCUGUACAACCAUAUGACGUUACAUUCCAGUAUGUGGAUGGAAAAUUGUUUUCACUAUAUUACCGCUUGAACUUCGCUACACUGCCUCCACAAUCUCUGGUGGUACUGCACUGUUUAAUCCAUAUCUGCAAGCUUUCAGGAAGCGUGCUCAAAUACAGACAAAAUAAACACAAAGUACAGACAGAAUGCUCCAUCUGUCUCUGUAUCUAAUGUUGAGCAUAAUAGAGCCCUUAGCUAAUCCACCUUCCAACUGGUUGGGAAAACCCCAGAUUAAAAGCCAAUUGGUCUAUUCAAAAGUGUCAUUGGCUAGCUCAUACCGGUUUUAGAGGAAAUGUGUUCAGGUCUUGAUAGGUUCAAUCAAAAUUUUGCACAGACCAAAGACCCGUUGUAGUUUAAGUCAGACCUGACCCAGAUCCAAGGGGAACUGGAAAGCGUGGACCUGAAACUUAGUUCAAAUCUGGUCCUCUGGAUUUUUUACUGGGUAAGGCUUGCCAGAAGACUAACCAACAAAAUCUCUUUUAUGAUCUGGCUUAUACAAAGUUUGCAGAUUAUCACUUUAAGGGUUAGGGUUAGGUUCAGUGUGAUUGAUACGGUCAUGUCUCAGUGUAUCCAGGCUAGAUUUAGAGAAUUUAGGUGACUUAUGUCAGGCUUGCGUACCCUCUGUGACAGAUAUGCACAUUGUUUAAAAAAAAAGCCAUAAAAAAUGGUCUUUAUUUUUUAAGUACAAGAUGAUAAUUUCAGACCGCUUGAAGUGUCCUCAAGUUGUUUUUUGCCGUUUCCUGAUGUACGAACAAUUUGAAAUGCAGACAAAAUGCAGUUCUCGCAACAACUCUCUUUUUUUGCACACAAUGGUGAGGUUAGGAGACCUUGAGCCUUGACCUCGGCCACUGCCCACCUAGUGUGUUCCUCUUUCUCAGGUCCCUGCUGACCUGAAUCUUAACAGGGUAAAGUGAGUGUUAUGUAUUGCAUUCAAGAGUUCCUCAGUGACCAUGCUGAUGUACUUGUAGUAUUAGUAGACGUAGGUUGCAGGACAUUGUAGGUCCUCUGUAGGAAGGUGUUUUUCUUUUUCCACUUUAUUUCCCUCAAGGUCCCCACCUCCAUCACCCUUCAUUCAGUGAAAGUGGAUGUAGUUUGAAGGUGAGACAUGCAGGGGGGAUUUUCUCUUGGCAUUGGUGAUGGACAGAGCAAGAGGCAAUGGAACGUUCAGAAUAACGUGGCUUCUCUCUCCUGUUUCCAUCCACUUCUCUGUGUGCAGCCUUAACAACACCACCAGUCCAAUGCAGUUUUCUUCUUUCUAAUGUUUCAGUUAGCCUAUUUUCAUCUUUUGAUUUUUAUACAUUUUCAUGUACCUUUGUAGUUAUGAUGUGAAUGUUUGGGGUUUUUGUUGUUUUUCACAUAUUCAUUGUCUUUUUGUUGGGGUGGGGCGGGUUGGGGGGUGAAGACGACCCCUGUCAUUUUCUAAAUUUAGGAUGAUUUUUUUUUUCCUUUGGACAUGAUUUUUAUUAACUCAUUCCCUUGUCCACUGUAGUUUAUGAAAAAAGAAGUAUUAUUCAGGCAAUGUCAGCCACGUUUUUUAUGGACAAUACUGACAUCUCAGAGCCUUUUAUGUAUUAUUUGAAUCAUUUUACAAUGCAAAUGUGAUGUUUUGGAGCCAUCUAUGAUUCUAAACCUGAAUGAACUUACACUCAUUUGCUGACACCAGGAUCCCCAGAGCAGUUAAGAUGGGUGUGUAGAGAAUAUUGUCUCUCCAUUUUGUAAAAUGUGCAUUAUUCAGCAUACAGGCUUUUGAGGUUAAAGGGUCAUUUCACCUAAAUUACAAAGAAACAUACAAUAUUUUCUCACUUAUCUCUAGUGGGUCAAGUUCAAGUUUCAUUUGUCCAGGUUUUCAAAAGUCUGUCUCUGAGAUUUCUGCCACCACCCCAAAACAAAUAACCUGGUGAUGCGAGCUCAAUAGUUUUGUUUCGCUCUUUGUAUCAGUCUGGACUCUGUCCUGCCACAAACACCUUCAGCAGAUGGGAGUAGUCACCCUGGCAGACAAACUCCUUCAGCCAUUCGGCAUGAAAAAAACACUGGGGAACAUCUUCAUCACCAACAGAGCCAGUUGAUAAAUCAUGCUUUUGUCAAAUCCAGUAGGAAGAACAUCAACCAUCUUUUCCUCUGAGGAAACUCAUCAACUGCGUACUCUUGUUGUUAUUGACUAUUUCUACAAUAAUGUUGCUUAUUGCUGGGUUGACUCUACUAACGUUAGUUAGAGCUUGUUGCUUCGGGAGCCGCGAUUCUGCAAGCUGCAGUCUGCAUUUUACAUCAUCAACUACAAUGCAGUCCCUGAGUGGCUGCUUAUAUUAUCAGAUACAGUACAAAUCACUGAUUGGCCUGAUUGGACUUUCCUUUCUAGAAGUGUUUCGGGCGACACCAAGUCCAGUUGACGUCUGGAUGAUCUUGUUAGGCUACAAAACAAAGGAGCUGAAGGGAAGUGAAAUCUCAGAGACAAAUAUGUUAAAAUCUAAGCAGAAAAAAACAAACAAAAAAAAAACAGCCAGGUAGAACUACGAGGAAGUGGGAAGGUGUGUUUUUUUUUGUCACUUGUUGAACUGACCCUUAAAACCACAUAAUCUCAGGGAUAUGUAUUUUUAUGUAAUAAAGUCUGUAUGAUGUGAUGUAUCAUAAAAGGAAAAUCCCCCUUAAAUCCUUUACCACUGCUGAAAAAUGGCAACAAUUGAGUUCCAUUGUAUAUAUUUACAAAAAAAAAAAAAUAUUUGAAUAAAUCUCAGGUGUUGGUGUCAGAAUUUAAAGAGCAAGGGCUUUUUCUAGAGUGCAAUUUUGCACUGUUGUUUACUGAUCCAACUUGCAUGUACAGAAACAGUCUGAGACAUGUAGGAUACUUUGAACUGCAGCAGAAGAGAAGGGAAAGGUUCAGGGUGGUCAACAACAAAGUCACUUCAUCUCAAAGUAACUCCAGGAAUGCACUGAACAUCACAGACAGCUGAGAUCUGACAGUCAGAGAGGAUCUGAAGGGGGAUUUUUCCUUUAAUGUAGCAGCAAAUAAUAUCAUCAACAUAAAAUCAGAACUCACCACAGCUACCUUACUGCCACCGCUCUGACUUCCUACCUGUCAUAUUUUGAAACAGGCGCUGAAGAAAGUGUUCUUUUUAUUUUCUGUAUUUGUAUUGUUUUUGCAGACAACGGAUAUGUCAUUUGCAAUUUCUGUACUGAAACUACCUCUUUAUUUGUCAUCAUGUUGCUUUCUUUCAAAUAGGUGAUUUUUUUGUCUUAUUUAUUGGUUUCAUUGCACCAAUGUUCUGUUAUUUUGUGUCUCUUAUUUCACUCAGUGACCUCUCGGCUUUCUAACAAGCUCUGAUACCUGUUUUCUUCUUUUUUUUAAAUGCGUAAACAUUUUGCCUCAUAAUCCUCUCUACCUCAGACUGCUGUUAGCAGCUUUUAUUUUCUCUGACCUAAAGCUGUAAAGUAUGUUACAUACUGAACACUCUUAAUCUCCCCAUCCUCUGCCUCCUUUUUUUUGUUGCUUAAUUUCAUGUUAAAUUAGCGUCAUCUUUUAUUUCACCCCUGCCCUGUUAUCAUGAAUCCAAUACCAAAGAUGAAAGAAUGUCAAUGACAGUGUCAGUGUACUGAUUAAGCAUUCACGUGAUGAUUUCUUGCUCAGUUAACCAAUGCUUUAUUUUCCUGUGUUGGCUUUUUCAGAAUACGUCUGGUUAUCUUGUGAGUGGCUGUUUGCUGUGUACACUGUAUUCACAACAUCAUGAUACGACAGUGUUUUUCCAUUGUGCUCCAUGAUUGUUGCUUGUUGGUUUGACAGUUAAAAGUAACGCAGAGCAGUAACAGUGAGACUGGAUCACAUCGGACUCUGUCAACGCAGCUUGUGACUGAUUAUCAAUCAGAGAAUGUAACUGCGGUCAAUCUGACAUCUCCUUGUGUUUACGUGCUUUCACUCACGCAGGUGACCCUGACGCUGUGGCAUGCGACCACAGACAGAUUACCCUAGUGUUAUCACUAGGGCUGGACUCAUAGAGGAGAAGCUUCCAGCCUUACUAAUGUGGAAUGUCAGCACCCAGCAAUGGGUAAUCUUAGAAACCAAUCUGCCUUCAAACUAAAAUCCUGCAUCUUAUUGCAUACUUGCAAAAAUUACACCCAGGUUGCAGAAUUUUAAAGGUUUUUCAGUUUUUUGUGGCUGUGUUCAGGAAGGAUCCAUCAUCCAUCUCUCCUAUAGAAGCUCAGCACACACAAACCAGCAUGUGUCCAACCCUAGCGCUGUAACAUUGUUAGAGCAAUGGAAAGAUAAGAUCUUAAGCACACAGUUAUAGAAAGAGCUUUUAAUAAGGUGCCUUAUUAUUGUUUUGGCAAAAACGGAGAAGAAGGUGCAGCAUUGAACAUUUAGAGCCUGUUUAGAACUGGCAUUAACAUGUGCUUUGGUGAUCCACACAAGUGGACAGCCGAGCACCAUUGCUGUUUAUCAUGCAUCUCCAGCUGACCACGUGUGUUCAGAUCGGUUGUUCGUCUACACUUUUGCUAGCUACUCUGUAGCAUGCUUGCUAAUCAUGUUAGCAGUUGUGUCAGUACAGGUGGAAAUACCACUGUCAGCAGAUUCAACACGUUGCCAUCCAUAGGGAAAAGCAAUGGAUGGUCACAUAACACUUCGUCCAACUCAACAAAACAACCACCACUGAAGACUCUUUCUAUAACUGUAUGCUCCAGAUCUCAUCUCUCCACAUCUUGCCACAGUUGUCUUGUCUGCUGAGGCACCAGUUUGAGUUGGAAGUUUGUUGAUGCACCACUGUCAGAGCCCUGUUAUACAGGAGCACAAGAUGAGAUGAAGAAGAGUUUGAGGGAAGUAAAAGAGUAGAAAAAUCUUGACAUAUCUCAGGGAAGAAACACUGUCAUCAACCUGUGAACAGACAAUUGAAACAUUGAAAUGUUUUUCUCUUUAGAAAUUUCUUGUCUGCUCUUGUUACUUUAACUACCUGUGAAGAAUGUGAUCCAUUACGUGUUAAAAGCAUGUUUAGAAUGUGUUAGGACUUGAAACCAAAUAAAU